CACUUGAGCCUGGGGGAUGGGGCCUGGAUUGCACCUCGAAUUUUCUCCCGUGGUAGACCAGUGGACAAUUUUCUGACCAGAAGGGACUUUUUCUGUCCCAUCUUUCGUCGUAACUUGAACCAACUCAUCGUGCAAGAAGCGAAGGACAGGAUAGAUCACAUGACCAGUGGAAUUUGUCCCAACCAACCUCCAAGAAACUCUUAUGUGAUUCUAGGAGACUUCAUCUAUACUGCCUUGAUGUCGGGUCAAAUAAAAACGUACGGCCAUCUUGCAAGAAUCGAUGGGUGCGAUGCUGUUUUCCGGGACGGGACACGAGUGACGGGCCUUGAUGCGAUUGUUCUAUGCACUGGAUUUUCACAAGAUUUCUCUUUUCUUGACCAGGAAGGAAUUCAAGGUCUUGAUGACUUGCGGUUGUUUAAGAUGAUAUUUCCUGUGGAAGAGUUACACCAUACCCUAGGCUUUAUAGGGACAUUCAGUGGCGCUGGGCCCAUUGCUCCAAUGUGUGAGUUGCAGAGUCGCUACAGUGCUAAAAUAUUUGCUGGAAAACUUAGAUUGCCUUCUGUUGACGUCAUGAAAGCCGAUGUCCAAUAUUGGAUAAACUCGUGUACUCGUAAUCCAAAGAUAUAUUACAGAUAUCUUCCUUUAUUAAUGUUCCAAGACACAAUAGCCAAGCUUCUGGGUGUAUUCCCUGGUUUAUGGAGACUGCUUAUCGUUGACCCAGUUCUGGCCUACAGAUGCUGGUAUGGUCCUAUGUUCUCAGCACAGUAUCGUCUGCUUGGACCAGACAGCAACUGGAAGCAAGCACGUGACAUCUGUAACACGGCUUACACUGAGGGUUGUCUCUCUUUGCGACACAGUAAACAACCAAGGGAGGGAAUCGAGAAAUCAAAAGGAAAUAGCAUGAGAUGUAUUCUAGUUGCUUGUGGACUGUCAGCAUUAGCUUUUGGCAUAUACUUUAAAUGUUUCUUUAAAUGAGUAUUAUAUAAAAUUAUAGAAAAUAACAGAUUCGAUUGUUUUUUGUUUUUUAAACUUGACCUUUCUAUGCAGUAUAUUGUUUUAGAUUUGAGCAUAACAGCUCUGCUUAUAUAGUUUAUA